GUUUACGGCCGCAAAUCGCGUCGGGUGUCUUAUACUGCGUUAUAUAGUUUUAUUUUCCCUAGCUGUAUGUUUUCACUGUUCAAUUCUACCCACGUAUAGACUGGAAUUAUUUUGCGAUUACACUUCGGUUCGUCAAAUCUGUGAACCAUAAAAAACAAUGUCAUCCGAAGACGACGAAAUUUCGGUGAGUAAACCGUCGACUAAUUAACGGUUUGUGUCAGUAUUUUUGUUAGGUUGGUUUUGAAAUUAUAAAUAAAUCUUAACAUUUUCAACGAAUGAAAUUUUAUAACCGAUCGUUACAUUUUCAACGGAUUACCUCCUGUUACAUAUUACUUGUUUGUCGACGUUAUAAAUGGUAAAACUUAUAGUUUAUAUUUUAUUGUUUUAUUUAGUUUCAUGUGUUUUUUUUUCAGGUAAAAUACGAAAAAGUGAUUACGAAGGAUGAGUCUGGCGCUCACGCCAGUACUGGAACCGCCAACCAAACGAAUACGGGCUUCAGGAUUACUAUCAGUCGAAAACGAAAACGAGAAGAAAAUGACGAGGGAAGACCGGAUAUGGAAUCUGAUGAAAUAUUUUAUAUCUUUCAUAAUAUUGUUAAUAACAUGGAGAGGACGAUGGAGCACGAAGUAGAUUCAGACCCAGAGUAAAAGGUCGACAUAAUAAAAAGACGAAUGCGUAAAAAACCUAAGAACAAAAAUAAUCUAAAAUUAAAUUAAAAAUAUCGAAAAGUGAUUUUAAUAAAAACAUAUUUGUCUUAUGUUGGUUCUAAUAAAUACGC